ACUGUGGGACUGAGGGAAUCAUAAUAAGGACAAGGGUAAGAGGCUAUACAUAGCAGUUAUCUCUAAGACUUGUAUCAGUCUAUGAUCUUUCACUUGAUCACUAAUAUUGAGAACUAGAAAGAAAGAAGAAGAAAAAAGUUGAAAUUUGAAUGGAUAAAUCUACCUCACAGUAUAGUGAAUCUGGUUGGACUCACUACUUGGACCAAUCCAUUAUUUCUGAGAGCUGUUUCAAAGGAAAAGGUGAAUAUGAAUAUGAAAGAAAAGGAGAAAGAAUGAAUGAGAAGGAGUUUGAAGAAGAUUCAUCAAUGGUGUCUGAUGCUUCUUCUGGACCUCCACAUUAUGACAAUGAAGAAAACUAUUGUGAAAAUUUCUAUCAUUGUCUUUCUUCUAGAACUAAAGAAUCCAACAAGAGGAAAAAAGUCAAAGAAUAUGAGAGAAGUCAACAAUCUUCACCUCUUGAUGACACUGCUAGCUCCCCAUUUUUCAGUUGUCCGAACAAGAGUCAUAAGAAGCAAGACAGUUUCUUAGAGAAUGGAGCGGUGGAGAAUAAUGCAAUACAAUUUUCUGAGUGUAAAUUUGCGACAAGAAUAAAGAGAAAAACUGGAUUCUACAAAGCAUUUUAGUUUCUUUGAUUCAAAGGAACCAGGUGAUAUUGAUGAAGAAGAAAGAAAAAGAAAGAUUUUAAGGUACCAAAUUAUUGCCAGUGGAGUAUUGUAUUGUCGUGGAGAAAGACCUGAAGAAGAAUGUCAAAGGAGAAAAACUGCAAUAAAAUGUCUGACAAAAGGAACACUUUUUUAUUUCCUUUAAUUUUUUAUGUUUAUUUUAUUUUUCUUGACUUUUUUUUUAUUUUCAUUGCAAUUUAAUGUAUGUUAAAAGAACCUCAGUUGUUAGAUAGAAUUUUCAAUCAACACUCUCUCCGAGCCCUUCUUAACUAUUAA